GCUGGUACUGGUACUUGAAGGAGUCAAAAUAUAUUUUUUUCCAUCAUUUUGUCCCAUUCUUCUUAGCCCCUUAUCCAUGAUGUCCACCGACGAAACAAAGAUACUGAUGUUUUUGUUAGGAUAAGAUUUCUUUCCUUCAAAAAAUAUCAAUGAACCUUUCAGUUUCAAUGCUUAUGAAGGCUUUUAAUCCUUACCUAGUCCUCUUUUCUGGCCCCUGCUUUCAUGAUGAGAACGCCUAUUGAUAGGUUAUGAUCAGUGACCAAUAAAGUGGAUUACCAUGGAGUGAAUUGUUCUAUUCUGAGAUGUGAAAGUUUGCACCACCAUAGCACGAGGUAAUGUGUACGUGAUCAAAUAUUCUUGCAAAUGGGGUCGGGUCUCUUUUGGAGUGAGCUGAUGAUGGUGGUGGUGGCAGUAAACAAAUGAAGUUGAGAAAUACUAGGAUGCUGAAAUAUUCAAACUGAUAGACUUGCAGCUGUUAUAUGCUAUGUUUUCUGUAUCUGUUUGAAUCUUUCUUGGAGAGUUGGGAAUGAGAUGGACGGCAUAGUCGAAACUUAUGGAAAACAGAAAAAUUAGAAUAUAGUGCACGAUUCAUGGAAGCUUGCAGGUUUUGCACUGCAAUUUUCUAAUCCAACUUGAAUGUUAGUUAAGUCAACGAAGUUGGAGGCCCUCUCUCUUAAGGCUUCAGCAUUUGAUUGAGCCGCGCAAGAAAAGGAUGGCUUUUACAUCAAGAGGAAAAGGAUGGCUCAGUUAUCCUAUUCUUUCAUGCCAAAGAUUAUCAAAGAGUUGGUGGCAAGUUGAACAGGACAUGGGAUGAUCAUCAUGAAGAUGGAUUCUUGAGGACAGUUGUACAUGCGAAUUUAGGGAGAAGUUUGGUCGUCUUGAAGCUUCGUGCUGGAUUUGUAUGGACCUGCUACUUCUUGAUAAACGCAUUAACUGGAGUUUGAGAUUAAUGAAUCCAGGAUGUUGGGUUUUCUUGCUUGUUCUUCUCAUUCAAGUGUUGGUCAUAUCAGCAGAAACAGACCCUCAGGAUGCUGCUGCGCUAAAUUCGCUUGCCAGUUUGUGGGAGAACACACCAUCCAACUGGAUCGGCUCGGACCCUUGUGGCAACAAUUGGGUCGGAAUCAGCUGCACCAAUUCACGCGUCAUUUCAAUAACACUCUCAAGCUUGGGACUGAUUGGGACACUUUCUGGAGAUAUUCAGUCUUUAAAUGAAUUGCAAGCUUUGGAUCUGUCUUACAACAAGGGUCUAAAUGGGGGGAUUCCAGCAUCAAUUGGGAGUUUAAGUAAACUAGUAAACCUGAUUCUCGUAGGUUGCAGCUUUUCCGGUAAAAUACCUCCUGAAAUAGGCAACCUAGCAAGGCUGGUCUUUUUAUCUUUAAAUUCUAAUAGCUUUACUGGAAGCAUACCCGAAACCGUUGGUAACUUGUCAAAACUUUAUUGGCUUGACAUGGCUGACAACAAGCUUACUGGAACAAUACCAGUCUCUGAUGGCAAUAAACCUGGUCUCGAUUUGUUGACCCAUUGCAAGCAUUUCCAUUUUGGAGUGAACCAGCUCUCCGGUACCAUCCCAAGUAAACUUUUUAACUCAGACAUGCGACUGAUACAUGUGCUUUUUGAUAACAAUAAUCUUAUGGGAAGCAUCCCACGUACUCUGGGACUCGUGAAACCGCUAGAGGUUCUCCGCCUUGAUAGUAAUUCAUUAAGUGGGCCUGUUCCUUCAAACAUUAACAACCUCACCAAAGUUGCCGAACUGCAUCUAGCAAAUAACCGGUUGACUGGUCCCUUGCCAAACUUAUCUGGCAUGACUGCGCUCAGCUUUGUGGACAUGAGCAACAACUCCUUUGAUGCAUCAGAUGUUCCACCUUGGUUCUCAACCUUGCCAUCUCUGACAUCAUUAUACUUGGAAUACUUAAAAAUUGAAGGGCAGCUUCCAAGUGCUCUAUUCAGCUUUCCACCAUUACAGACAGCGAAGUUGAGGGGCAACCAAUUCAAUGGAACUCUAGACAUUGGCACAGACUACAGCAGCUCACUUGAACUUAUUGAUCUGCGGGACAAUGAUAUCAGUCAGAUCACAUUAGGUGGAGGAGGAUUUGACAAGGGAAUUAUACUUGUGGGUAAUCCAAUUUGUAAUCAAGGUGGAACUGAUCUCCGUUACUGCAAAAUUUCACAACAGUCCACUCCUGCAUAUUCAACUCCACAGAACUGCGUUCCUAUUCCUUGUCCAUCCGACGAAAAUCUCAGCCCCAAUUGUCAUUGUGCAUAUCCAUAUACUGGCACUCUAUAUUUCAGGUCUCCUUCCUUUUCAGGCCUUGGGAACGUCACAAUUUAUCAAAUCCUAGAGGAUGCUCUCAAAAGUUCAUUACUAAAGCAGGUCCCUGUGGACUCAGUGUCUCUUCAGAAUCCAUUUGUAGAUCCUGAUAACAAUCUGGCAAUCACUCUGCAAGUCUUCCCAGGUGCCAAAGAUCGUUUCAAUGAAAUAGAUGUUUAUACGCUUGGUUUUAUUCUCAGCAAUCAGACCUUCAAGCCUCCCUCCCUUUUUGGGCCUUACUAUUUCAUAGGAGAAGGAUAUUCUGCUGUCCGCGUUAUGGCACCAAGUUCAAAGUCAAAUCGCCAGAAUGUGAUUAUUGGUGCAUCAGUUGGUGGAGCAGCUCUUGCUUUUCUAUUGACUGGUUUUGUUUUUGUUAUUAGACGCAGGAGAAAAACUAGAAAGGUUGAAGGGAAGAGCCAGUCUAUUGCAUCUUGGGGUCGCACUAAAAGCAGCAGCAGUGUUCCACUUUUAAAAGGUGCAAGAUCGUUCACUUUUGAAGAACUAAGGAAGUGCACCAAUAACUUUUCAGAAGCCAAUGACAUUGGAAAUGGUAGCUACGGAAAGGUUUACAGAGGGAUACUUGGAGAUGGGCAACUGGUUGCUGUCAAAAGAGCACAGCAGGGAUCCACGCAAGGUGGGCUUGAAUUUAACACCGAGAUCGAGCUGCUUUCCAGGGUCCACCAUAAAAACCUUGUCACUCUUGCUGGUUUCUGCAAUGACCAAGGUGAACAAAUGUUGGUCUACGAGUAUGUUCCAAAUGGUACCCUGAAAGAAAGUCUAUCAGGCAAAUCUGGCAUUCGCUUAGAUUGGAAAAGGAGACUUCGAGUGGCACUUGGUGCAGCUAGAGGUCUGGCUUAUCUACAUGAGCUUGCAGACCCUCCCAUUGUUCACAGAGAUAUCAAAUCAACCAACAUCCUCCUGGAUGAUCAUUUGAAUGCAAAGGUUUCUGAUUUUGGUCUCUCGAAGCCACUGGGAGAUGAUGCAAAGGGAUAUGUUACGACUCAAGUGAAGGGGACGAUGGGAUACUUAGAUCCUGAAUAUUACAUGACUCAACAGUUGACUGAGAAGAGCGAUGUGUAUAGCUUUGGUGUGUUACUCCUAGAGAUAAUAACUGCAAAAAAACCUUUAGAGAGAGGGCGAUACAUUGUAAGAGAGUUGAGGGUUAUGAUGGACAAGAGAAAGGAUCUCUACGGCCUUCAUGAACUUCUUGAUCCAGCAAUUGGGUUAGGGACAACCCUUGGUGGCUUUGAGAAAUAUGUUGACUUGGCAAUCAAAUGCGUAGAAGAAUCAUCAAAUGAUCGGCCUGCAAUGAGUGAAGUGGUGAAGGAGAUUGAGAACAUCAUGCAGUUGGCUGGUAUAAACCCAAAUGCUGACUCUGCGUCAGCUUCAUUAAGCUGCAUCGGUUCAAGAAGUAGCCCUCUUCAUCAUCCAUAUGGUAAUGAAGGCUGCUUUGACUACAGUGGUGGGCAACCUCCUUCCGAACUAGAACCCAAGUGAGAAGUGAUCAAGAUCAUGUCCAUGUAUAUUUUGUGAAUGCUGUGCUGUGGAUUGUAUUCACUCAUUGCUUCAACUGGUCUACUGAGCCAGCAUACUGUGGCAAAUUAUUUUGAAGAGGCAAUGUUAACUGGAGUAUCAAUGUAUUUUUUUUGUGUGUGUUAGUAGAGUUUGUUGUAUGUGCACAUUCUAGUCCACUAGUUUGUAUUGAGCGUCAGUCAACUUCUAAGUCUUACUGUAUCUGCUGUUCAUUUGAAUUUCUUUUGUGCUUCAGAAAGUAAUUUACUUGUUUAUUA